UUUGUCUUUCUCUUCUGCACCUUCCAUCUUUAGUACAAUACAAUGUAUAAUUCCCAUACUCAAAAAGCUGACCCUUUCUUCUUCUCUACACAAAAACCCCUUUACCCAGAUGAACCAAAUGAUCAUCAUCUCAUCCACCAAUUUCCCCAUAAUUUCUACAUUGACAACACUAAUUCCCUCGACGACCCAUUUUGGGAUAAUUACUUUUAUUCUUCAAAAGAAAAUGAAAAAUCCCCCGUUCUUGAAGGAAUUGCUGCUGUUGUUGGAGAACAUGUCCUUUUCGGUAAUAACAAUAACAAUAACAACGAAAACAAGAAUGAUGAUGAUCCAAAUUCUGCAGUUUCGAUUCUGAAGCGCACGUGCUCUGCAGAAACGAGGAAUAAUAAUAAUAAUAAUGGUUCAUCAGUGGAGAGGAGUUACAGAGGAGUGAGGAAGAGGCCAUGGGGGAGGUGGUCAGCGGAGAUUCGCGACCGUAUAGGGCGGUGCAGACACUGGCUGGGUACAUUCGACACGCCGGAGGAGGCAGCGCGUGCAUACGACGCGGCGGCGAGGUGGUUGAGAGGGUCAAAAGCGCGAACGAACUUUCAAAUUCCUCCAGUUGUUCCUCUGCCUUUAGAGGGUAAUGUACAAACAUCCACGUCAUCAUCUUCAAAUUCAUCUGCUGAAAUGAAAAAGAAAAAGAAGAAGAAAAAUGGUAGUGUUUUUGCUAAUAAUCAAAGGAAGUGUUCAGUGGUAACUUCAGCUGCACAUCUGUUCAGCUCAAAUGAAUUAAAUAAAGGGGUUAGUGUUACUGUGGAGCUUGAUCUCAAGCUUGGAUUUGGGAGGAAGUAGUAGUACGAAUAUUCUACGAGUCUUUAACUGUUACAACAAAAGAACCUGUUCCUUUUGGUGCUUGUUUGGAAUCGAAUGUGUCUUAAGCGUAAAACUACCCUAGUGUUUAACUAUUAGUAUGUAAAUGAAACUACUAUGUGUUUCUGGGAGAAGAGGUACUGUAUGUUAUGAUUUUGUUGUAGGGUUUAAUUA